AACCUCGAAUUCCCUUCCCCAUGAUUCGCUUCUUUCCUUUUCCACUACAUAUGCUUCUGCUCUUUUUAUCCUCUAAUGGCUUCUCUCGCGCCUGAACUAUUUCCCUCCCUCUGAAACCUCCAUAUCCCUCCCUAAGCGGCGCCGAUGAUGCUCCUCGGUGACCCUACCGCCGUCUAUGGCGGCUCUGUGGUCGUCGUUGGGGUUAAAAUGGAUUCUCAGAGUCGGGAACUGCUUACUUGGGCGCUCGUUAAAGUUGCGCAGCCUGGAGAUUGUGUCAUUGCUCUUCAUGUUCUUGAUUCUGCCGUUGUUGCAGAGGGAAAUUCGACUUUGCUCUCUCUUGUGAAGUCGUUUGACUCUGUAUUGUCCGCCUAUGACGGAUUUUGCAACCUGAAGCAGGUUGAAUUGAAGCUCAAGGUCUGCCGAGGCUCGCCGGUCCGGAAAAUUAUUAGACGGGAAGUUGAUUCUUACGGCGAGGCUUCGCUAAUUCUCGGUACUUCUAAAACUCACCAUAGAAUCCGUUCGUCGGUAUCGGUUGCAAAGUACUGUGCUAGAAAAUUGUCGAACAGAUUCUGCGUUUUAGCCGUCAAUAAUGGCAAAGUUAUUUUCCAGAGAUUAGCGACUUUCCCAAUUAAAGGCCAGUCUCGAGACAAGGGUGGGGACAAGAAUUGUGCAACCAUUGUAGAAGAAAUUAAUGAAUCAAAAUCUGUUGGGUUGGCUGCAAACUUUAUCAACGGUCACCGCUUACACAAAUCUGACUCUGGUUGUAAUGAUAAAACGGAGAGGGACUCUGUUCAGAGUGCUCUGUCUUUGCUUGAACGAAAUGAUUCCGCAACUGAUUUGGUGGACCAGUUACAGGACAAUGGUGUUUGGAAUUCAUUGGCUUUGGUACCAUUUCAAAAGCCUCAAGAAAUUUCGAAGUCAAAUUCCAUUGUCAAGCGAGGAUCGUUGCAAUGGAAAUCAAGUUGGUCGCUUCUGCGUCGGAUAUUUUUAACCAAGCAGCAUGUAGAGAAAUCAUCAAAGAAGUUUCCUAUGUUCCAAGGUGUAUUACACAUACCGAACUUCCAGUCAUCGUCAGCCUUGGUUUAUCCAGGCCAGAAACAAAGCAGUUCUGAUCCAGAUCAGAGCUCCACAAUUGAUGGGGAAAAUGGUGCAAUUGUGCCAUAUGUGUCCAGCCAUGUUUUGGAAAGCCUUCCUAAAGAGGUAUUGGAUUUAAAGGAUAAAUACUCGUCCACUUGCAGAUUGUUUACUUAUGAGGAACUUUUGUUGGCAACUUCUAAUUUUAUGCCUGAGAAUAUGGUUGGUAAAGGAGGGAGUAGCUAUGUUUACCGAGGGCGUCUUCCCGAUGGCAAGGAAAUUGCUGUCAAAAUUUUGAAGCCAUCUGAGACUGUUCUAAAGGAGUUUGUUCAGGAAGUUGAGAUCAUUGCAACUUCAACUCAUAAGAAUAUUAUAUCUUUAUUGGGUUUUUGUUUGGAGGACAAUAAUUUAGUUUUGGUCUAUGAUUUUCUUUCAAGAGGAAGUAUGGAAGAGAAUCUUCAUGGUUGUAAGAAGGAUGUGAAUUCAUUUGGUUGGCAAGAGAGGUUUAAGGUUGCUGUUGGUGUUGCUGAGGCACUUGACUAUCUACACAAUUGCAGGGAAGAAGCUGUGAUACACAGGGAUGUGAAAUCCUCUAACAUUCUACUUUCGGAGAAUUUCGAACCGCAGCUUUCGGAUUUUGGCCUUGCUAGUUGGGCAUCGUCGUGCUUACAAAUCACUUGUACUGAUGUAGCUGGAACAUUUGGUUAUUUGGCUCCUGAGUAUUUCAUGCACGGAAAAGUGAGCGACAAGAUCGAUGUCUAUGCAUUCGGUGUGGUACUCCUUGAGCUACUUUCAGGUAGAAAACCAAUCAGCGACAAUUGUCCCAAGGGGGAGGAGAGUCUCGUAAUGUGGGCAAAGCCAAUUCUGAUGGAAGGCAAAGUUUCACAAUUGCUAGAUCCAAGGCUAGGCAGUGACUACAACCACGAUCAAAUAGGUCGAAUGAUUUUGGCUGCUACCCUUUGUAUUAGACGAGCACCGAGACAUCGCCCUCAAAUCAGCCUGGUAUUGAAACUUCUCCAAGGUGAUGAGGAAAUAACAACAUGGGCAAGACAACAAAUCGACGAAUCAAACGAAUUCAAUGCGAGUGACGAAGAACCUCUACCUACUAACAUCCAAUCACACCUUAACCUAGCGUUGCUUGGUUUGGAAGAUGACUCACUUUCUGUUAGCAGUGGAAUACAAAGCAUUUCCAUAGAGGACUACUUGCAAGGUAGAUGCAGCCGCUCUUCAAGCUUCAACUAGUAACUGGUUAGUAUCAAUCAAACAAAUCCAAUAGAAUUUUCAGCCAAAGUUUAGAACGUCUUCCACUGUUCUUUGUACAAGAAACUACCGUGUCGAUGUGCCCCCGAAAACCGCUCUUUUUGUUUUUUUGGUGGGAUUUCUGAAUCUGAGUCUUGGUAGAGAGGUUGUCCAAGGAGAAAGCCGAAAGCCCCCUCCUUGACUCGGUAAGGAUGCCAUAUUUUGAAAGGCCUUUGUUUUUAAUGUUCAUAGUCGUUGAAAUUGAAUUAAAGGAGAUGAUGUGAAAGACAUCUACUGCUUAUUGGUGAAUUUAUUGUGAUCUACUUUGAAAAGUUCAUGUGCUGUAUUUGCUAUUUAGUCCAAAAAGGCAGCCCAUUUGUUGAGGAUA